AUGGUCAUGGUCAGUGUUGAAGGAGAAUACAAAGAUCAGAGACUAAAACAGUCAGUGCCCUGGGGAAGUUUUAGAGAUGUUGGUUUAUUCCCUGCUGUCCUGAAUCUUGCUUCUAAUGCCCUCAUCAUGACCAAUGCAACAUGUGGAGAAAGAGGACCUGAAAUGUACUGCAAAUUGGUAGAACAUGUACCUGGGCAGCCUGUGAGGAACCCCCAAUGUCGAAUCUGCAAUCAAAACAGCAGCAAUCCAUACCAGAGACACCCGAUUACAAAUGCUAUUGAUGGAAAGAACACUUGGUGGCAGAGUCCCAGUAUUAAGAACGGAAUCGAAUACCAUUAUGUGACAAUUACACUGGACUUACAGCAGGUGUUCCAGAUUGCAUAUGUGAUUGUGAAAGCAGCUAACUCCCCUCGGCCUGGAAACUGGAUUUUGGAACGCUCUCUUGAUGAUGUUGAAUACAAGCCUUGGCAGUAUCACGCUGUAACAGACACAGAGUGCCUAACCCUCUACAAUAUUUAUCCCCGCACUGGACCGCCAUCAUAUGCCAAAGACGAUGAGGUCAUCUGCACUUCUUUUUAUUCCAAGAUCCACCCCUUAGAAAAUGGAGAGAUUCACAUCUCUUUAAUCAAUGGAAGACCAAGUGCUGAUGAUCCUUCUCCUGAACUUUUGGAAUUUACCUCUGCUCGCUAUAUUCGCCUGAGAUUUCAGAGGAUCCGUACCUUGAAUGCUGACUUGAUGAUGUUUGCUCAUAAAGAUCCAAGAGAAAUUGACCCAAUUGUCACAAGACGAAAAUCUCACUGUGAGUGUGAGCAUAACACAUGUGGUGAUAGCUGUGAUCAGUGCUGCCCGGGCUUCCAUCAGAAACCUUGGAGAGCUGGAACUUUUCUGACUAAAACUGAAUGUGAAGCAUGCAAUUGUCAUGGAAAAGCUGGAGAAUGCUAUUAUGAUGAAAAUGUUGCCAGAAGAAAUCUGAGUUUAAAUAUACAUGGAAAGUACAUUGGAGGGGGUGUAUGCAUUAAUUGUACCCAAAACACUGCUGGUAUAAACUGUGAGACAUGCAUUGACGGCUUCUUCAGACCCAAAGGGGUAAAGACAGGCAACGCUAAGCUUAAAAUGGCAGCAAUAUCUCCUAAAUCUGUAGAAUAUAGGAAAUCAAACGGGAAGAAAAAAAGGAACUAUUUUUAUAUACCUACCAUUCAUAACAUGUCUGGUAUUUUCAAGGAAAGAGUAACAGAUGAGUUCAUUCUCUUUGGUCUGGCACCUGGAUCCUGUCAUUGUAAAACUGGCUUUGGAGGAGUGAGCUGUGAUCGGUGUGCCAGGGGCUAUACUGGCUACCCAGAAUGCAAACCCUGUAACUGCAGUGGCUCAGGGAGCAUAAAUGAGGACCCUUGUUUUGGGCCCUGUAAUUGCAAGGAGAAUGUUGAAGGAGGAGACUGCAGUCGUUGCAAAUCUGGCUUCUUCAAUUUGCAAGAGGAUAAUUGGAAAGGCUGUGAUGAGUGUUUCUGUUCAGGCGUUUCAGAUAGAUGUCAGAGCUCCUACUGGACCUAUGGCAGUCUCCCAGCAGUAGGAGGACACUUGACAUUUACCAUAUCAUAUGACCUGGAAGAAGAGGAAGAAGAUACAGAACAUGUUCUCCAGCUUAUGAUUAUCUUAGAGGUGGAGUUGAGCUCUGUAAGCCUUGAAUCUGCUGUCUCCUAUCCUACUGAUGGAAGUGUAGCAGCAGCUGUGGAAGUCUGUCAGUGUCCACCAGGGUAUACUGGCUCCUCUUGUGAAAACUGUAAGGAUCACACAGGUGGCCCAUAUUGCAAUAAAUGUCUUCCUGGUUUCUAUGGCGAUCCAACAAAAGGAACCUCUGAAGACUGUCAGCCCUGUGCCUGUCCACUCAAUAUCCCUUCCAAUAACUUUAGCCCGAUGUGCCAUUUAGACCGGAGUCUUGGACUGAUCUGUGAUGAAUGCCCUGCCGGGUACACAGGAACACGCUGUGAGAGGUGUGCAGAAGGCUAUUUUGGACAACCUUCUGUACCUGGAGGAUCAUGUCAGCCAUGCCAAUGCAAUGACAACCUCGACUUCUCCGUCCCUGGCAGCUGUGACAGCUUGUCUGGCUCCUGUCUGAUAUGUAAGCCGGGUACAACAGGCCAGUACUGUGAGCGCUGCGCUGAUGGAUAUUUUGGAGACGCAGUUGAUGCAAAGAACUGUCAGCCCUGUCGUUGUAAUGCCAAUGGCUCCUUCUCAGAGAUUUGCCACACUCGGACUGGGCAGUGUGAAUGCAGAGCUAAUGUGCAGGGACGGCGAUGUGACGAAUGCAAGCCUGAAACCUUUGGACUGCAAUCAGCAAGGGGGUGCGUUCCCUGUAACUGCAAUUCUUUUGGGUCUAAGUCAUUCGACUGUGAAGAGAAUGGACAAUGUUGGUGCCAGCCUGGAGUCACAGGGAAGAAAUGUGACCGCUGUGCCCAUGGCUAUUUCAACUUCCAAGAAGGUGGCUGCACAGCUUGUGAAUGUUCCCAUCUGGGUAAUAACUGUGACCCGAAGACUGGUCAAUGCAUCUGCCCUCCCAAUACCAUUGGGGAGAAGUGUUCUAAAUGUGCACCCAAUACCUGGGGCCACAGCAUCACCACUGGUUGUAGGGCUUGUAACUGCAGCUCAGUGGGAUCCUUGGAUUUACAGUGCAAUGUAAAUACAGGCCAAUGUAACUGUCAUCCAAAAUUUUCUGGUGCGAAAUGUGCAGAGUGCAAUCGAGGUCACUGGAACUUCCCUCACUGCAAUCUCUGUGACUGCUUCCUGCCAGGGACAGUUGCUGCGACCUGUGAUUCAGAGACUAAAAAAUGCUCCUGUAGCGAUCAGACUGGGCAAUGUACUUGCAAGGUGAAUGUGGAAGGUGUCCACUGUGACAGAUGUCGGCCUGGCAAAUUUGGCCUUGAUGCCAGGAAUCCACUUGGCUGCAGCAGCUGCUAUUGCUUUGGCGCUACCACUCAGUGCUCUGAAGCAAAAGGACUGAUCCGGACGUGGGUGACUCUGAAGCCGGAGCAGACCAUUCUACCCCUGGUGGAUGAGGCCCUGCAGCACACGACUACCAAAGGCAUUGCUUUUCAACAUCCAGAGAUUAUUGCAAACAUGAGUCUAGUGAGACAAGAUCUCCAUUUGGAACCUUUCUAUUGGAAACUUCCAGAACAAUUUGAAGGAAAGAAGUUGAUGGCCUAUGGGGGCAAACUCAAGUACGCAAUCUAUUUUGAGGCUCGGGAAGAGACAGGUUUCUCUACUUAUAAUCCUCAAGUUAUCAUUCGAGGUGGGACUCCUACUCAUGCUAGAAUAAUCAUCAGGCAUAUGGCUGCUCCUCUAAUUGGCCAGUUGACCAGGCAUGAAAUUGAAAUGACAGAGAAAGAAUGGAAAUAUUAUGGUGAUGAUCCUCGAAUCAGUAGAACUGUGACCCGUGAAGACUUCUUGGAUAUACUAUAUGAUAUUCAUUAUAUUCUGAUCAAGGCUACCUAUGGAAAUAUCAUGCGACAAAGCAGGAUUUCUGAAAUCUCCAUGGAGGUAGCUGAACAAGGACGUGUAACAGCAGUAACUCCUCCAGCUCACUUGAUUGAAAAAUGUGAUUGUCCCCCAGGCUAUUCUGGCUUGUCCUGUGAGACAUGCUUGCCAGGAUUUUAUCGACUGAGUUCCCAGCCAGGCAGCCGCACCCAUGGACCAACCCUGGGCACCUGUGUCCCAUGUCAGUGUCAUGGACACAGCAGUCUGUGUGACCCUGAAACAUCCAUAUGCCAGAAUUGUCAACAUCACACUGCUGGGGACUUCUGUGAACGAUGUGCUCUUGGAUACUAUGGAAUUGUCAAGGGAUUGCCAAAUGACUGUCAGCAAUGUGCUUGCCCUCUGAUUUCUUCCAGCAACAAUUUCAGCCCUUCUUGUGUCACGGAAGGCCUGGAUGAUUACCGCUGCACAGCCUGUCCCCGGGGAUAUGAAGGCCAGUACUGUGAAAGGUGUGCCCCUGGCUAUACCGGCAGUCCAAGCAGCCGCGGAGGCUCCUGCCAGGAAUGUGAGUGUGACCCCUAUGGCUCACUGCCUGUGCCCUGUGACCCUGUCACAGGACUCUGCACGUGCCGACCCGGAGCCACGGGAAGGAAGUGUGACGGCUGCGAGCGUGGGCAUGCACGCGAGGGCAGAGAGUGUGUUUUUUGUGGAGAUGAAUGCACAGGCCUUCUUCUCGGUGACUUGGCUCGCCUGGAGCAGACAGCCAUGAGCAUCAACCUCACUGGCCCGUUGCCUGCUCCUUAUAGGAUGCUGCACGGCCUAGAAAAUAUGACCCAGGAACUAAAGCACUUGCUCUCACCUCAGCGGGCCCCAGAGAGGCUCAUUCAGCUGGCAGAGGGCAAUCUGAACACUCUGGUAAUGGAGAUGAAUGAGCUUCUGACCAGGAAACACCAUGCUUUAAUUACUGUGCCCCCCAAAAAGAAAUAUAAUAUAGAGAAAUAUGUCACAUUUCCCUCUGUAAAUGAAAAAGCUGUAAAACUAAAUGAAACUCUAGGAACUCAAGACAAAGCUUUUGAGAGAAAUUUGCAAAGGCUUCAGAAGGAGAUUGAUCAGAUGAUGAAAGAACUGAGGAAGAAAAAUCUAGAUACGCAAAAGGAAGUUGCUGAAGAUGAGUUGGUAGCUGCAGAAAGCCUUCUGAAGAAAGUGAAGACGCUGUUUGGAGAGUCCAGGGGGAAAAGUGAAGAAAUGGAGAAUGAUCUCCGGGAGAAACUGGCUGACUACAAAAACAAAGUCCAUGAUGCUUGGGACCUAUUGAGAGAAGCCACAGAUAAAAUCAGAGAAGCUAAUCGCCUGUCUACGGCAAACCAGAAAAACAUGACUGCUUUGGAGAAAAAGAAGGAGGCUGUUGAAAGUGGCAAACGGCAAAUUGAGAACACUUUAAAAGAGGGCAAUGACAUACUCGAUGAAGCCAACCGUCUUGUAGAUGAAAUCAACUCAGUCAUAGACUAUGUUGAAGAUAUUCAAACUAAAUUGCCACCUAUGUCUGAAGAACUUAAAGAUAAAAUAGAUGACCUCUCCCAAGAAAUAAAGGACAGGAAGCUUGCUGAGAAGGUGUCCCAGGCUGAGAGCCAUGCGGCUCAGUUGAAUGACUCAUCUGCUGUCCUCGAUGGAAUUCUUAAUGAGGCUAAAAACAUCUCCUUCAAUGCCACUGCAGCCUUCAAAGCCUACAGCAAUAUUAAGGACUAUAUUGAUGAAGCUGAGAAAGUUGCCAGAGAAGCCAAAGGUCUUGCGCAUGAAGCUACAAAACAGGCAAUAGGUCCUCAGGGUUUAUUAAAGGAAAGUGCCAAAGGCUCUCUUCAGAAAAGCUUCGGGGUUCUUAAUGAAGCCAAGAAGUUAGCAAAUGAUGUAAAAGAAAAUGAUGACCAUCUAAAUGGCUUAAAAACCAGGUUAGAAAAUGCCGAUGUUAGAAAUGAAGAUCUCCUGAGAGCUUUGAAUGACACUUUGGGAAAGUUAUCAGCUAUUCCAAAUGACACAGUCGCUAAACUGCAAGCUGCUAAGGACAAAGCCAGACAAGCCAACGACACAGCUAAAGAUGUCCUGGCACAGAUUAAAGAGCUCCACCAGAACCUUGAUGGCCUGAAGAAAAAUUACAAUAAACUAGCAGACAGCGUGGCCAAAACGAAUGCUGUGGUGAAAGAUCCUUCCAAGAACAAAAUCAUUGCAGAUGCAGAUGCCACUGUAAAAAAUCUAGAACAAGAAGCUGACCGGCUGAUAGAUAAACUCAAACCCAUCAAGGAACUUGAGGAUAACCUGAAGAAAAACAUCUCUGAGAUAAAGGAAUUGAUAAACCAAGCCCGGAAACAAGCCAAUUCUAUCAAAGUAUCUGUGUCUUCGGGAGGUGACUGCAUUCGAACGUACAAGCCAGAAAUCAAGAAAGGAAGUUACAAUAAUAUUAUUGUCAAUGUAAAGACAGGUGUUGCUGACAACCUCCUUUUUUAUCUUGGAAGUGCCAAAUUUAUUGACUUUCUGGCUAUAGAAAUGCGUAAAGGCAAAGUGAGCUUUCUCUGGGAUGUUGGAUCUGGAGUUGGACGUGUAGAGUACCCAGAUUUGACUAUUGAUGACUCGUACUGGUACCGUAUCGAAGCAUCAAGAACGGGGAGAAAUGGAACUAUUUCUGUGAGAGCGCUAGAUGGACCCAAAGCCAGCAUUGUACCCAGUACAUACCAUUCGGUGUCCCCUCCAGGGUACACUAUUCUAGAUGUGGAUGCAAAUGCAAUGCUGUUUGUUGGCGGCUUAACUGGGAAAUUAAAGAAGGCUGAUGCUGUACGUGUGAUCACAUUCACUGGCUGUAUGGGAGAAACAUACUUUGACAAUAAACCUAUAGGUUUGUGGAAUUUCCGAGAAAAAGAAGGUGAUUGCAAAGGAUGUACUGUCAGUCCUCAGGUGGAAGAUAGUGAAGGGACUAUUCAGUUUGAUGGUGAAGGUUAUGCAUUGGUUGGCCGCCCCCUUCGCUGGUACCCGAACAUCUCCACUGUCAUGUUCAAAUUCAGGACAUUUUCUUCAAGUGCUCUCCUGAUGUAUCUUGCCACACGAGAUCUGAAAGAUUUCAUGAGUGUGGAGCUCACUGAUGGACAUAUAAAAGUCAGUUAUGAUCUGGGUUCAGGAAUGGCUUCCGUUGUCAGCGAUCAAAACCAUAACGAUGGGAAAUGGAAAUCAUUCACCCUGUCAAGGAUUCAGAAACAAGCCAACAUAUCAAUUGUAGAUAUAGAUACUAAUCAGGAGGAGAACAUAGCAACUUCAUCUCCUGGAAACAACUUUGGUCUUGACCUGAAAGCAGAUGACAAAAUAUAUUUUGGUGGCCUACCAACGCUGAGAAACUUGAGUAUGAAAGCAAGGCCAGAAGUAAACUUGAAGAAAUAUUCCGGCUGUCUCAAAGAUAUUGAAAUUUCAAGAACUCCAUACAAUAUACUCAGUAGCCCUGAUUAUGUUGGUGUUACCAAAGGAUGCUCCCUGGAGAACGUGUACACAGUUAGCUUCCCCAAGCCUGGUUUUGUGGAGCUCUCCCCUGUGCCACUUGAUGUAGGAACAGAAAUCAACCUGUCCUUCAGCACCAAGAAUGAGUCUGGGAUCAUCCUCUUGGGAAGUGGAGGGACCCCAGCACCACCCAGGAGAAAACGAAGGCAGACUGGACAGGCCUAUUAUGCAAUAUUCCUCAACAAAGGCCGUCUGGAGGUGCAUCUCUCCACAGGGACAAGAACAAUGAGGAAAAUUGUCAUCAGACCAGAGCCAAGUCUGUUUCAUGAUGGGAGAGAACAUUCUGUUCAUGUAGAGAGAACUACAGGCAUCUUGACGGUUCAAGUCGAUGAAGACAAAAGACAUACGCAAAACCUGACGGUGGAACAGGCUGUUGAAGUUAAAAAGCUGUUCGUUGGGGGCGCUCCACCUGAAUUUCAACCUUCCCCACUCAGAAAUAUUCCUCCCUUUGAAGGCUGUGUAUGGAAUCUUGUUAUUAACUCUGUCCCUAUGGACUUUGCACGGCCUGUAUCCUUCAAAAAUGCAGACAUUGGUCGCUGUGCCCAUCAGAAACCCCGGGACGAUGAAGAUGGAGCCGUUCCAGCUGAAAUAGUUACCCAGCCUGAGCCAGUUCCCACCCCAACCUUCCCUGCACCCACCCCAGUUCUGGCAUAUGGUCCUUGUGCUGCAGAAUCAGAACCAGCACUCUUGAUGGGGAGCAAACAGUUUGGGCUUUCGAAAAACAGUCACAUUGCAAUUGCAUUUGAUGACACCAAAGUUAAAAACCGUCUGACAAUUGAGUUGGAAGUGCGAACCGAAGCUGAAUCAGGCUUGCUUUUUUACAUGGCUCGGAUCAAUCAUGCUGAUUUUGCUACAGUUCAGCUGAGAAAUGGAUUUCCCUACUUCAGUUAUGACUUGGGGAGUGGGAACACCAGCACCAUGAUCCCCACCAAAAUCAAUGAUGGCCAGUGGCACAAGGUUAAAAUAAUGCGAAUUAAACAAGAAGGAAUUCUUUAUGUAGAUGAUGCCUCCAACAGAACCAUCAGUCCCAAGAAAGCUGAUAUCCUGGAUGUUGUGGGAAUGCUGUAUGUUGGUGGGUUACCUAUCAACUACACUACCCGAAGAAUUGGUCCAGUGACCUACAGCAUUGAUGGCUGCAUCAGGAAUCUUCACAUGGCAGAGGUCCCUGCUGAUCUUGAACAGCCAACCUCCAGCUUCCAUGUUGGGACAUGUUUUUCAAAUGCUCAGAGGGGAACAUAUUUUGAUGGAACAGGUUUUGCCAAAGCAGUUGAUGGAUUCAAAGUGGGAUUGGACCUUCUUGUAGAAUUUGAAUUCCGCACAACUCGAACCACUGGAGUUCUUCUGGGAAUCAGCAGUCAAAAAAUGGAUGGAAUGGGUAUUGAAAUGAUUGAUGAAAAACUUAUGUUUCAUGUGGACAAUGGCGCCGGCCGAUUCACUGCUGUCUAUGAUGCUGGGAUCCCAGGGCAUUUGUGUGAUGGACAAUGGCAUAAAGUCAUUGCCAACAAGAUCAAACAUCGUGUUGAGCUCACAGUAGAUGGGAACCAGGUGGAAGCCCAAAGCCCAAACCCAGCAUCAUCCUCAGCUGACACCAAUGACCCUGUGUUUGUUGGAGGCUUCCCAGAUGGCCUCAACCAGUUUGGCCUGACCACCAACAUUCGGUUCCGAGGUUGUAUCCGAUCCCUGAGACUCACCAAAGGUACAGGCAAACCGCUGGAGGUUAAUUUUGCCAAGGCCCUGGAACUGAGAGGCGUUCAACCUGUAUCAUGCCCAGCCAACUAAUAAAAAUGAAUGUAACCCCAAGAAGGGUGCAUCAAAACAAGUAUAUCCAGUAAAACAAAUAUAUUUUACCUAUGUAUGGUAAUAAAACUAAUUUGUGCACAUAUAUACAAUUC